GUUUGUUUGAGUUUCCAUGCGCAGUAAAGCGCAGAGCAUUAUUACCCCUCCUCCAGCGCCGAUCACCCCGGCCUCCAACACUACAGGGUUUUUUAAAUAACAUUUGAUCAGAAGAAUCAGUUUAAAGAAAUCUGGUCAUGCGAUGCGAUUUAUUUCCGCCGGAGGAAAGAAGAACAAACUAGAUAAAGACCGGUUGGCGAUGAUGGAUUACUCAAAGGCGCAAAUGUCAAGCUUAUCCGAGGAAGGCAAUUCACAGUUCAAUCCUGCUGGGGUGAAGCUGGAGGCGAUGAUGGAGCAUCUGCAGAGACAACAAGGGGCCAAACUUGAGAACCUAAACCUGCAAGAGAAACAUCUCCUUCAAGCCCAGCUCCUGUUUGCUCAACAUGCUGCUGCAGUGAGAGCCUCUGGCUCCAGACUAGACUCUUCAUUAUUUGGCAAAGCAGAUGGACAGACUUAUCAAGCAGCUCAACAAGCUUUGAACUGCCAUCUCAGCAGAAUAGAUCCAGAUGAAGAAGAUGAAGACUCAGACGAGGAGGAACAGGAAAUGGUGGAGCCUGAAGAGAACGAUGAUGAGGACGAGGACGAGGAGAACAACAUGCCUCAUCAGCAGGUGAAGAAGCCAAGACUCCAGCAGGUUGCAGGCUUCCCCUUCCCUCCUUAUUCCACAUCUCACUCGUCUGUUGUGAAGCAAAUGUCCGAAUCUCCACCUUCAGCAAUAAAACAGGAGGAGGAGGAGAAGGAGCUGCUGUCUCCCGCAGGCCAACAGGCCUUCACAUCACCCAAUGGCUUCGCUGACUGGGGCUAUGAUGAGCCAUUUAAACAAAGAGGAAGUGCCAUCUGGGCUGAGGAGAAUGACGGAGGAAAAGUCAGAGGAGAACCAUCCAGGGACUUUGCCAAGCUUUAUGAACUGGAUAAUGACCCACAACGGAAGGAGUUUCUUGAUGAUCUCUUUGUCUUUAUGCAGAAACGAGGAACUCCUGUGAACCGCAUUCCCAUCAUGGCGAAGCAGAUACUGGACCUGUACAGGCUUUAUAAGCUUGUGACAGAGAAGGGAGGCCUGGUGGAGGUUAUUAACAAGAAGAUCUGGAGGGAGAUCACCAAAGGUCUCAAUCUCCCCACAUCCAUCACCAGCGCAGCCUUCACCCUCCGCACCCAGUAUAUGAAGUAUCUGUACCCGUUUGAGUGUGAGAAGAAAGGCCUGAGCUCUCCAGGUGAGUUGCAGGCUGCCAUCGACAGUAAUCGUAGAGAAGGUCGACGCCCCAGCUACACCAACAGCCUGUACCGCUACUCUCCCUCCCCGAGCUCUGCUCCUCACGCCCUCCUCUCUUCACCCACGAUGCAAACCUCGACCGGACACAACGGCCUGAAUAUAUCCGCUAGCCCAAAUCUGAAGAGAAAGACAGAGGAGAUGUCUACCCCUGUUCUACCUAGCCGGCUGCCCAUGGCUAUGGCACUGAGCCAGCAGCAGCAGCUGGCACAAGCUGCCACAUUGGAGCAUCUGAGAGAGAGGCUGGAGCGAGGAGCAGGAGGAGCUGCAAGCGACGGUCCAGACAAGAAGAUGAUGCAGCUGGCGGAGGAGCAGCAACGCCUCAUGCAGCAGGCCCUGCAGCAAAACCUCCUGGCCUUUGCCUCUCACUUCAACCCCAUGAACCUCAAACAUAACAACGGACAUGAAAGCAAACAAGAUAUGUCUCUGAGUAUCUCCACUAAUGGAGCAGCCAGUAUCAGUGUUUCUGUGGAGGUCAAUGGCACCAUUUACUCAGGAAUGCUGUUUGCCCAGAAGUCAGCUGCUACUGUGGCAUCGCAGGCUGUAACUCUGGCAGGAACGAGUGGUUUCAGUGCCCUCUCCUCCUCACACAGUCCCUCCUCUUCAUCAUCCACCUCCUCAAAGGGACCAAAUUAAGGCUUGCUGCCUUUUUAAAUCUAUUCUGAUGAUACACAAUGUACCUCUCUUGUCAGAUGAGUCCUUUGUGAAUUAUAGGUAAAAUCUUCUACAACUUAUGAAGCAUUUCAGUUUAUUUCUAGCAUUGUUUUACUUUCACAGUGUAAUGUGCUUAAGAUUUGUCUUAUCAAGAGGACAUUGAUUUUGACCUCAUAAGCUUCCAAACUGACUGUAAUAUAGAUUCAGGUCACAGUUCACCUUAGUGCCUGUUAGAAGCUCUUCGAAAUGUAAAAAAAAUGCUCCAAAAAUGAAUCAAUGCUUAGCCUCUUUGGGUGUCUUCUACAUGUAUAGCUAAUCAUCAGUUCUGUAGCUGCCUUUUUCCAGAGUAGGACAGUGUGGUUGCCAAAGUGCACCUGAUGAAGACCAAAAAGCCUUAGCUCAGUCUCAUAGCUCCUGUCUGUAACUGUUUUGUGGAAGCCAUUGUGUAUCCCUCUUGGCAAACAUUUGGUAAAAUGCUCAAGCUCAAACUUUAUUCUUUUUACAGCAGCUUAGCCUGAAGAAUCAAACAGAAUUUAAAAGAAAUAGGUUGCAGGCUGGUUGGAGUUUUAUGUUUUGCAUUGUGUUAUUUUACUUUUUUUAUUUUUUUUAUUUAAUCAUUUGGCUCAGCUUCAGAAUUACAAAACAUUUAUUUCAUGUCAGCUGUGAAUCAAAGCCAAAAUGUGAGAGACAAGAUUUAUGUAGGAUGGAAGUGAUACAAAUAUACCUCAACUGACUUGCCUUGUUGGUAAGUUUCUCUGGAACUUCUUUUGGACUCAGGAAUGUCCUGUCAUAAUAUGUCAUAAUAUAUUGCUGUGUUGUAUUUAUAUAAACGCAGAGAAUGUAUCGUUAAUGACCUCAAGCUUUUGACAAGUGAACACUAAAACAGUGCUACCUCACUCUUCUAGAGAAAUAUGCAAUACUUAGUGCAGCAUGUGUUCAUUUAGCCAUCUGCUGAAAUCUUCUGUAAGUGGACAAUCAAGUAAACAUAUCAUUGCAAACAAAUGUCACUGUGAACUUGACAACUGUAAAAAAAAUAAAUAAAUCAGACUUAAUGUUUAA